UGUCUGCAUCCACACACACUGCACACGUCAAUUCUAUUCUCGGUAUCGCUCGUUCCAUAUGCUGUGCCUCUAGCUCAGACUUGAUACGGCGAUGAAGAGAGGCAGCCUCCUCGGUCCUUGAGGCAUGAAGUGGACAGAUAACCCGCAUAGAGUCAGUUUGCAACCUCCAUUAAGAUCCAUCAUCAAGAUCACCACCAACCUCAGCAUUCUCCCCAUUAUCAGUAUUCUUGUUGUAGGCGCAUUUUUUGGUGACGUUUCCUCUCGGUUCUCGCAUUCUCGAUGUUUCUCUUCACUUGAGGGAUUCAUCGAGACGCAGCUGGCCCAUAGACCUAGCCUUUGUCUUAAUCGUUGGUUGUGCGAGUUUUAUCUUGGACGUUGUGAAGGACCAUCAUCCAACAUGUCUUCUCAUCCUUUUUUAUUGUGUAUAAUAUAUAUUCAUACGGCUAUAGCACUUCGGCUGAUAUGGCCGACAGUGGCGUUGACCCUACACCCAUUUAUGCCUCCUCGGACUGCUUACGGAACUGUUCAUACAGUUGUCAUCACGCGUAACUCAAAAGUUCUCUCAGCUUAUUUAUACCCUUCAUAACUAGUGGCACCAGCUCACCGAAGGCAGCUUCUCGAAGGACUUUUGGGGUUCUAAUCCAUUUUAUUUUGGUGACGUGCUAUUUACAGCACGG